AUUCCUCCAAACACGGGAACGCGCAUAAGUCUACUCUCCUAACCACCUUCCUUUUAGGGCUGGUACGCGUGGGAAAUCCGGCGUUUGGGAUGCAAUAAUGAUUUGCGUUUUUUUAACCAUCUUCGCCAACAUCUUCCAGACAGGAUGGACCGGGGCGAACGAGCGGACCUUCAUCGCCGUCAAACCAGAUGGUGUGCAAAGAAAGCUGGUUGGCGAAAUCAUUGGCCGUUUUGAGAGGAAAGGCUUCAGUCUGGUGGCUCUUAAACUCCUGCAGGCCUCUGAGGAGCAGCUUAGGGAGCAUUACUGGGACCUGAGGAACAAGCCCUUUUACAACAGCCUGGUCAAAUACAUGAGCUCUGGACCAAUCAUAGCUAUGGUAUGGCAAGGCCUGGAUGUAGUAAAGACUGCUCGCAAGAUGCUUGGAGAAACCAACCCUGCUGAUUCCAUGCCAGGAACUAUCCGAGGGGACUAUUGUGUUGAAGUGCGCAGGAAUGUGAUCCAUGGCAGUGAUUCUGUUGAGAGUGCACAGAGAGAGAUCUCCUUGUGGUUUCACCAGCAUGAGCUGGUCUGUUGGGAGGACAACAGCAAUCACUGGAUCUACGAGUAGCAUUCACACGCGCGCGCGCACACACACACACACACACAUUCAUAGCAAAAUAAAUUGAACCUUGAAGCAGA